AAAGUCUUCACCUAACACCAAGCAUCCGCUUCUAUUUGUCAAGGUCGCGCCCAAAGCACCAGCAGCAGCAGCAGCAGCCGCGCAGAACGGUUUUCACGUUGAUUUUAGAGAGAGGGAGGGACAGAGAGCGAUCAUAUGGCCAAGGCUUUCUCCCUAACGCCGGCGGCUUCGCUUGCAGGCGCCGCGGCGGCGACUACUCGCAGGCUUCCGAGCGCCAGGGGAGCAGGAUUUAAUCUGUCGCCUCCUCCUCCGCCGCCGCCUCCUCUCUCUCUGAAAUGCCUCCGUUCGUCGCUGCCUCUCUCUCACCUCCUCCUUCGCCAGAGAAGGUCGGCGGUUCGUGCGACUGCUGGCGAUUUCACAACGGUUGCAUCUCCGAAGAGCUUUGCGUCCGAUCCCGAUCAGCUCAAGCGCGCCAGGGAAGAUGUCAAGGAGCUUCUUAAGACUACGUUUUCCCAUCCGAUUCUCGUGCGGCUAGGAUGGCAUGAUGCGGGUACUUAUAACAAGAACAUUGAAGAAUGGCCACAAAGAGGUGGAGCUAAUGGAAGUCUAAGGUUUGAAGUUGAGCUGAAACAUGGUGCCAAUGCAGGUCUUGUUAAUGCACUGAAACUUCUCCAGCCAAUCAAAGACAAAUAUCCUGGUGUGACAUAUGCUGAUCUAUUCCAGUUGGCCAGUGCUACUGCAAUUGAGGAGGCUGGUGGCCCCAAAAUCCCUAUGAAGUAUGGAAGAGUGGACGUGUCUUCUCCUGCUGAAUGUCCAGAAGAAGGCAGGCUUCCCGAUGCGGGACCCCCUACUCCUGCUGGUCAUCUGCGUGAUGUUUUCUACAGGAUGGGAAUGGAUGACAAGGAAAUAGUUGCACUCUCAGGUGCACACACACUAGGAAGGUCCAGACCAGAACGCAGUGGUUGGGGCAAGCCAGAGACAAAGUACACGAAAGAUGGACCAGGAGCUCCAGGAGGACAUUCUUGGACAGUCCAGUGGCUGAAGUUUGAUAACUCCUACUUCAAGGAUAUUAAAGAAAGAAAGGAUGAAGAUUUACUUGUUUUGCCAACUGAUGCGGUUAUUUUUGAGGAUCCCUCAUUUAAGGUGUAUGCUGAGAAAUAUGCUGAAGAUCAGGAUGCAUUUUUCAAGGACUAUGCUGAGGCCCAUGCCAAGCUCAGCAACCUUGGAGCCAAGUUUGAACCUCCCGAGGGUUUCUCGCUGGAGGAUGUCCCUGCUACACCUGUCCCAGAGAAGUUCAGUGCCGCCAAGUACUCGUCUGGAAAGGAUUAAGAUACCAGUGUGUUGUUUAGUUGUGCCGUUUCUUCUUCUUUUAAUAACACAAGAUGAAGAUAUUAUCAAAUCGUGUGAACUCACAUCUAAAACUUUGGAAGAGUCUAAAUGAGGAGGAGAGGAAUAGAGACUCAAUUCAAUAGUUUUUUCUCCUAUUUGAAUUGCAGAGAGAGCUGUCAGAGAGCAUGAAGCAGAAGAUACGAGCAGAGUAUGAAGCAAUUGGGGGAGCCCCAGAUAAGCCUCUCCAAUCAAACUAUUUCCUUAAUAUCAUCAUUGUGAUUGCGGUUUUGGCUCUUUUGACAUUUCUGUUUGGAAACUAAGUUUGGAUUCUUUUGGUUAUACAUGUUAUAGAAAGUGCUGCUUUGCUUAA